AGCUGUCAAAAUAGAGGCGCUUACAAAGAGGAGAACGUCACAUCCCCUUGACCCUCCAAUCACCUCAGGGUCCCAUUUGAUUGGAAGGCGGCAACGGCUUUAAUCUCGGACUAAUUCAGCUGCUUUUGAAGUGAAAACUCCAACCAGUUCGUGCUUCGGGAGGACAGAGCGAGGACCUGCACACAGACGGCGCAGCGCGAACGGUGCGAGACGCAGCCACGGAUCUGCGAUAAGGCUCCCACGGUCUCCACUUCCUGCAGCCGCGCCUUCUCCUACCAGGAUUACACAAUAACAAUAUUAUUAUUGAGGCAAAAAAAAAAAAAAAACACUUUCCUUCCUCCUUCUCGACUGAGAGACUCGGUGAUUUUUUCUUUUUUUUUUUUUUUUAAAUCUUUUUGGUUUUCUUAAUGAAUCUGAUAAGAGCAUCGUCCCUUCAUUUCCUGACAAUUGGGACAUGAUCACGUCGCCCUCGGCAUCUGCCCUGAAAAAUAGUGAUAUUUGUCUCGCGUGGGAAAGCGGCAGCUCUCGGAAUAGCAGCUCGGUGAGCAUCAACAAGCCUUUUCUUCACCCCGUCCCUCCGUCUGAUCCACUACGGCAAGCGAACCGACUUCCCAUCAAGGUUUUGAAAAUGCUCACCGCACGAUCGGGACACAUUUUGCACCCGGAGUACCUGCAGCCUUUGCCUUCCACCCCGGUCAGUCCCAUAGAGCUUGAUGCCAAGAAAAGUCCGCUUGCUCUGCUGGCGCAGACCUGCUCCCAGAUCGGCAAACCGGACCCGCCGCCCUCCUCCAAACUAUCUUCCGUGACUUCGAACGGAUCUAGCGAGAAGGAAUCUAAAUCGGGCCCUUUAAAGCUCAGCGACAUCGGCGUGGACGACAAGUCCAGCUUCAAGCCCUACUCCAAACCCGCGGACAAGAAGGACUCGUCUUCGGGCGGAGAAAAGUCGGGUUUCCGAGUGCCGAGCGCCACCUGCCAGCCGUUCACGCCGCGGACGGGCAGCCCCAACUCCAGCACCUCCGCCUCCCCCAUGCCCACGGAGGGGAAGUGCGGGGAGAGGGACGACAAGAAAGAGUCCGAUUGCAACAAAAACGGCACCGCGGACGGCUCUGGCACCACGAGCCACAGCAGGAUAAGCGUGAGUUGCGGUGGGAUUAACGUGGAGGUCAACCAGCACCAGGAGGCGACGCCUGGCACCAAGACCUCCUCCUCCUCCUCCUCCUCUUCCUCGGAGUCCUCAUCUGUGACUUCUGUCUCCUCCGCGUCCGUUCUGGGUUCUGGACUCGUGGCGCCGGUUUCCCCCUAUAAACCCGGACAGACUGUGUUCCCUUUGCCCCCCGCUGGCAUGACCUACCCGGGCAGCUUGGCUGGGGCCUACGCGGGUUACCCCCAGCACUUCCUGCCCCACGGAGGGAGCUUGGUAAACGCACAGCUGGCUAGCUCUCUGGGCUGCAGCAAGGCCGGCUCGAGCCCCUUGGCGGGGGCUUCUCCUCCCUCCAUCAUGUCAGCCAGCCUGUGCAGAGACCCGUACUGCCUCAGCUACCACUGUGCCAGCCACUUAGCGGGCGCAGCCGGCGCCUCGUGCACGCACGACUCCGCGGCUGCAGCCGCCGCCGCCAGCGCCCUCAAGUCCAGCUACCCCCUCAUGUACCCGACCCACUCGAUCCACGGCGUGCACUCCUCCGCGCCGUCGUUCAGCGGACACCCCCUGUACCCGUACGGCUUCAUGCUCCCCAACGACCCUCUGCCCCACGUUUGUAACUGGGUGUCGGCGAACGGACCGUGCGACAAGCGCUUCUCCUCCUCGGAGGAGCUCCUGAACCACCUGAGGACACACACCGCUUUCACCGGGGCCGAGAAGCUCAUGUCCGGCUACCCCGGGUCCUCGUCGCUGGCCAGCGCCGCGGCAGCGGCCAUGGCCUGCCACAUGCACAUGCCACCGUCAGGAGCCCCAGGGAGCCCCGGGACCUUGGCUCUAAGGAGCCCGCAUCACGCGUUAGGACUCAGCAGCCGCUACCACCCUUACUCCAAAAGCCCCCUGCCCACCCCUGGCGCCCCCGUCCCCGUCCCCGCAGCCACCGGGCCCUACUACUCCCCUUACGCACUGUACGGCCAGAGACUCACCACAGCCUCAGCGCUGGGAUACCAGUGAGGGGGCGGAAAAAGAGGUUUAUAGAACUAAGAAUGCAAAUAUAAAGUCUUUUAUAAUAACUGCGCUAAACUUAUGGACGGGAUCCGUGGACUUGAACCGUAUUUAUUUAUAUGUCAGCUUAAAAGCAGGUAACAGCUGCAUAUUAUGGAACAUAUUUGAGCAACUCAAAAAGUGCAUUAUGUUGAAACUGAACUCUAUAGGUAAAACGAACACACACACACACAUGCACACAGACACACACGUUAGGAUACUAAUGAAAGUAGGGAUCUUCAUUUCGAUGUUCAUUUGAAAAUUGCUCUGAUUGUAUUUGUUCUUAUUUAAUGUCCCAUUGAGAAGGAAAAAAAAUAAUUUACAUGCAUGUCUGUUUUCUUAAAAUUUCAAAAAACAACUGUUCACAUUUAAAAUGGCCGUUAUUUUUCAGCUGUACCAGAUGGAGAGAGAAUUGGUAUUUUUUUGUAUGUAUUCAGGAGAAAAAAAAAAGAAGAAAUGAAAACAGAGUGCUGUUCCAUA